GCAGACAAACGAGUGUGCUUCUUUUGAACGUAGCGUUACCUGCCGCACUGCAUGCAGUGCUGUGACCAGCGCUGUUGCUCCAAUCAAACAAAAAAUACCGGCAGUGGUUUAAUUGAAUCUAAGUUUACCCGAAAUAAAUGUUCUCUAAGUGAUUCAGUUACUGAAAAGUGCUUCUCAUACAAUGCAGGUGUUUUUAUGACGAAGUGACCGCUCGAGUAUGCCACUAACUAACGGCCAGUGAAGGAAAGUUGAGAUCACCGUAUGUGCACCACGGUCAGAUGAAUAAUGAAUUUAUUCACGAUGCAUACAUCUUGAACUGAUAUGCAUACAUACGGAGGAUCAGGCAAUGAAUACAAAUAAGAUCUAGAAAAGUUGCUAGCAUUUUCACCGGUGAGUCAGUGACAAAAUCAAUGCAGUAAUUAACCCGUACAAAUCCUCAGCACGACUCGUAUAUAAGUGCAGAAAUGAAUUUGAUUACUAAUAAAACGACUAUAACAACCAAAUUCCCUAUUUUAGUUUGGGCCAUUUGUUAUUAUUUACUAUGACAUUAGUUGAUCAAUGACCUUACAGUUGGAAUUAUUGUUCAGCGAAAUGAGCUUCAGGAGGAAGUUACUGACGGCGCUUGGCGUGUCUUGCUUGUGCCUCGUGCUGGCUGUUGUAUACAUGGAGUCGAGAGGGCUACCCACCACUAGGUUCCGUUCCCCGGUCCCUGUGAUGAACUCUUCUGCGACAAUUAUCCUUGCAACAGUUGACAGCACAGCAGUUGACAACGCAGCAGUUGACAACGCAGCAGUUGACAACGCAGCAGUUGACAACGCAGCAGUUGACAACGCAGCUGCUGACAACGCAGCUGUUGACAACGCAGCAGUUGACAACGCAGCAGUUGACAACGCAGCAGUUGACAACGCAGCAGUUGACAACGCAGCAGUUGACAACGCAGCUGCUGACAACGCAGCAGUUGACAACGCAGCAGUUGACAACGCAGCAGUUGACAACGCAACAGUUGACAACGCAGCAGUUGACAACGCAGCAGUUGACAACGCAGCAGCUGACAACGCAGCAGUUUACAACGCAGCAGUUGGGAACGCAACUGCCAAUGGUGCAGUAACGUCUCUCUACACCUUGCUGCCCAAGAAGAUCUUGCUCUGGACCAAGUACUGGAAGAAAUACAAGUACUACGAAACCAUCUUCGCCAGGCUGCACGAGCGACAGUGUGAGGUGAACGCGUGUGUGGUUACACAUGACCGCUCACAGCUCAGCAGCGCUGAUGUUGUGGUCUUCCACACCGUAGACUUUCUGCAGUCCACUCCGCUGCCAGACCCCCGACCUCAAGCGCAGCCCUGGCUGGUCUUUUCUUUCGAGGCUCCACCAGCGCAGGCAAAUCGUCGCAUCGACUGGGGUUGCCUCAACAAUGUCGUGAACUGGACGAUGUCGUACCGACGGGACUCCGAUGUCGUGGCUCCUUAUGGCGUUGUCGUGAAGAGAACGCUACCGGAAAUCUGGAGACGUGACCACGACUAUACAUCCGGAAAAGAAAUUGAGAAAAUGGUAGCCUGGAUGGUGAGUCACUGCCAGACGCACAGCCGCAGGGAAAGCUACGCUGCCGAACUAAGCAAGUACAUUCCAAUGGAUGUGUAUGGUUCGUGUGGUAACAAGACGUGUGGAGUAAGCCUCGCUCUCGGUAAUAAAGGGAAGUUCAACAGCAGCGACUGCGACCAGGUCAUAGGAGAGUACUACUUCUACCUCGCCUUCGAAAACGCCUUGUGUGCCGACUACGUGACAGAAAAGCUGUACGUGGCGUUGACGCGUGAUGUGGUGCCUGUUGUGUUUGGGGGUGCCGACUACCAUUUCUAUGCUCCGCCAAAUUCAGUGAUCAAUGCUCUGGACUUUGCCAGUCCUGAGCUGCUGGCGAACUUCCUGUUGGCAACCGCAAACAAUAGGACUGCUUAUAACAGUUACUUCGCGUGGAGAGAGGACUACGAAGUGGAUAUUGGGCAUCCGUUUCGUCCACACAUCUGUGAUCUGUGCGCCAAACUGCACCAGCAUCCAAUGGUGCAUCACAAUGAGAGUUCACGGCAGCGCGUGGGAACACUUGCGGUUGGCAGGCCUGAGCCCCACACAUACCCUGACCUCAGGGCCUGGUUCCUGGACCGCAACCCCUGCCAGCGCUGGUGGUUGCCCUCAGCAGCGCCAUUGCAGCGCAGUGGUUCCCAGUGAAAAUUUACAGACGCGACAGCUUCUAAUUGGAUUACCAGAAGCUGGGGCGACUCUAAAUUUUGUUAGGGUUAGCGCUACUCUUAGCGCAGUGGUAGCGGCACCGAGAUAAAAGAAGUUAGCUUUGGGUUCGAGCACAGGGAGCUCUGUUAAUUUUUCGGUGUCGCUAGUGGGCAGCGAUUGCUAGCCGUCGAAGGUGGUGCUUACAGAAUGGACUAGGGGUGGGGUACCUAAAUGAACUCUGGUACGCUUCACCUGAGAAUAUCUUAGGAAUAGCAGUCACGUGUCCACCUCACACCUGCCCCCCUCGUCAGCAUCGUCCUCACCAGCUUCCUCGUCAGUAUUGCCCUCACCAGCCCCCUCGUCAGUAUUGUCCUCACCAGCUUCCUCGUCAGUAUUGCCCUCACCAGCUUCCUCGUCAGUAUUGCCCUCACCAGCUCCCUCGUCAGUAUUGCCCUCACCAGCUCCCUCGUCAGUAUUGCCCUCACCAGCUUCCUCGUCAGAUUUUAGUUAAAAAACUAAAACCAACCGGCGAAAUAGCCUCAAAAUUACAAAAGUGAACAUAAGAAGGCAAAAGUCAUCGUAUGACGGAAAUAUCAUUCGUAGGAAACCUACAUAUCUUACUAUUUAAGUCAUAAAUUUAUAACUGUAAUCGGUAUUUCUUCUAAACGCUCCAAGUUACAUUUUUGUUCAGACCUUCAUGUGCCCGUUUUCUUUAUAAUGUAGUGAAUUCAAUUCGUAACUCGUGUUGUUAUUUCUUCUAAACGUCAUACAUAAAUCCUUUUGUUACCUCUAGAAAUUUUGCUGAGCAACAAUUUUUGUUACCGCUUCUAAGUUACUUGAAAUUUACCUAUUUACUUUUUAUCUAAAUU